AUGCUGACUCAGAAACUGAAGGGCCUCUCAAGUUCUAAUCAUAUGCAGAUAGGAGUCGUCUCUGUGCAGUUACUCAAUCAGAACUCCGAGCCCAGAGGGGGCGAUCGAGCGGGGCGUGGGAGGCCCGCACGCUCCCCACCCCCAGCCGCGACCCGGAGGAGGGCAGCGUGCAAGGCGGCUCGACCCCCCCCCCCCACCCGAGUGCCCGCGGCUGGAGAAACCUCCCACAGGCUCGCGGCCCAGGUCUGCAAAGCCCCCUCCACCGCCUGGGCCCCGGGCGCCGCGGCCCCCAGCGGAGGGGAAGGGGACCGAGGAGGGGAAGAAGCUGUAAACAGCCCCAGCGUCCGGGCCUCGCCUCGAAGAGCCCCGCUUCCCAGGCCCCGCCGCGGCCGCCUGAGUCCCCAGCCCGUCCGAGGGACGCCCCUCCCGGGGCCUCGGGGACCGGAGGGGAGUCAGGUCUCCUCCCCAGAGGGCUCCGGCAGCUCGCGGAGCGGUCCCAGCAGCAGAGAAGGGGGAAGUCAGGACUUACCUGUCAUUACUUUCUACGCCAUCUUGGAUCCACUUGUCAACGUCCCCACAAAGCAUUAUGGCUGUCUCCUCCCCUCGGCCGGUAACGUGAUCCGUGACCCUCUAGGUGGGGACCCCUCCCCUAGGAAUGUGGCUUUGGGCACUGCGGUAUCCACCCAUUUGCAGUCCCGGCUGAGAGUGGACUGUGACUUCCUGGGGCAGGUUUGGCGGAAAGGUAAAUAUCCCUUGUGAUUCUCCGGACAAGAAACGAGCCAAAUGUAUAUCGGAUGUAAGUCCGUUUUAUUAAGGAGCCUGAAAGUAUAAACAACAACCAAAAAAACCUUGCAGACCCACGAGCCUUGUGACCAGCUUUCAUGGAACUCAGCGGUCCUCCUCAGAGCCACAACCAGAGGCCCUCCCAUAACAGUGAACCCCGGUGUCCCAGAAGACAGCAGCAGGGCCAAGGGUUGAUUUAUCAGCCGUUAUUCAAAUCCCCACUUGCACACAGCCGGAUUUCUUUUCAGCGCGGCCUAAUUAUUUUUUGCUGGCCCUUGUAUCAUGUCCGCUCGCCUGAUUUACUUGAAUAAAGGCUUGUGUGAAGUGAAGAGUCUCCAACCAAAUGACCAUUGGAAGUAGAUAGUGGUUCAGUGCACCGGACAAAGCUGUGCUUCCUGGAACUCUCCUUCCAGACGGGUCAAAAGCCAUAGCCCCGGAGACCAAGGAGCCAGCCUCAGGCCGACGGGAACAGCUGAACUCUCUCCCCUGCCAUUCCCGACCUCUCUCCCUUGCUUGGCGCAUCUCGUGCUUUCUUGCCUGCCUCUUUCCUCUUCCUGUUUUCCUUCCCUCCCCUUCCUCCCUUAGCAGCCGCAGUCUUACUCAUACCACACCUCUUAACCAGACGUCUUACUGUCCUUCAUCCUACUUUCCGGGGCAUCUUUGGACUUGUUCCUGUUUUCUUCUCCUCUUUCCAAACAUCUCCUGUCUCCACGUACGGGGCCCAGGCCACCCCCACCCAAACCUAGUGUCUUGUAUGCCACCAGUCCCGAUACUGUCCCUGGAGUCAGAGUUGUUAAAUUGUCCUUGGUGAUUACUUCCUUCUGGCUUUGGAAUGCAGGCUUGUCACACACCCCAAUAGCCAUUUUUCUUCUCCUCCGCUUUUGGAUGGAACAUGGCUGCCCAGACUGCAAUUCACAGCCUCUCUUGCAGCCAGAAGUUGCCCUGAACAAAGAGGUGACCCCAGAACUGCCGUGUGGAGUGCCUAGCAAACGUCCUUAAAGGGUAACGUGAAGCACCCAAGUUCUUUGCUCCUUCCUAGUUCCUACCGACUAGAAUAUGAGUGUUGUCUGGAGGUUCAGUAGCCAGCUUAGAUCGUGAGGCUGCUCACCGAGCCACAGAGCGGUAAGACCGGGGCGGGGUCUCCGGUCUCUUGAUCAGAAGGCCUCCGUACCAGCCCUGGACUGACUGCCAAGUUCUGUUACUGGAGGAAGAAGCUAACCUUGCAUCACAUUUAAGCCACUAUUGUCUUUGAAAGAUAGAUGUAGCCAAAUGUACAUUCUAACAUGGAAUGUAUAAAAUCAUAUGGCACAUAAAUCAAAUUUGCUGAGACCCAUGCCCAAGGUUGGGCCUUGCAAAGAGAACAGACAUAAAGGAAAGAAAUUCUAAUUACUCAAAACCCUGGUGACCAUUUUUUCAUAGGUUUACCAGAUUCCCUCAGUGCCACAAAUGAUGAGCAAUAAUAUAGCCUUUCGGUCCAGAGGCAGAAGAUAUUUUAAUGUUCUGUAACUUUGGGGGGGGGGGGGCGGGGAUGGAGAGGAGACUGCAGUCUUAGCAACAAAUUGCAAGAAGACCACAAGGAAGGGGGCCGCCUGGGUAGCUCAGCCCGUUGGGCAUCCGACUUCGGCUCAGGUCACGAUCUCGCGGUUCAUGAGUUCGAGCCCCUCGUCGGGCUCUGUGCUAACAGCUCUGUUUAGCCUGUUUCGGAUUCUGCCUCUCCCUCUCUCUCUCUGUCCCUUCCCCGCUCACGCUCUGUCUCUCUCUUCCUCAAAAAAUAAAUAAACCUUUAAAAAUUAAAAAAGAAUAAGGAGGGGCUUAGUCAGCAGACCCUGUGACUCUUGAACUCAGGGUCUUGAGUUUAAGCUCCACGUUGGGUAUGCAGUCUACUUUAAAAAUAAACAAACAAAUAAAUAAAUAAAUAAAUAUUAAAAUAGAAAAAGAAGAAUAGUACAAGCAGUUCCCAUACAAUCUUUACCCGCAUUCCUCAAAUAUUAACAUUGAAAAAAAAGAAAGUUACCAUUUUACUGCAUUCACUUUAUCACUCUCUGUUACCCAAUGUUUUUCUCCUGAAACAUUUGAGAGUAGGUUACAGACACAUUGGCCCUUCACCAAGAAAUACCUUAAGCAUGUUUCCUAAAAAUAAGGGCUUAUGUGACACCAUAACCACAGUAACAUUAUCCAAAUCAGAAAAUCAGCCCUCAUGUAAUGCUAUUACCUAACCAAUAGACUUAGUUUUUACUGGUUGCCCAGAUCGAGUCCUUUACUACAAAAGAUAAUCCCAAAUCACAUGUUGCAGUCUCUUGCGUGUCUCUCUAUGCCUCUUCAAUCUGGAAAAAUGUGUCUUAUCCUGUCUUUCAUAGUCUUGACAUUUUUGAAGAGUUGGUUAUUAUGUAAAAUGUCCCUCAGUUUGGAUACAUCCAAUGCUUUUCUUAUGAUUAGAUUCAGUUUGUGAAUUGGGGGCCAGAAUACUCCAGAACUAAUGCUCUGUUGAUUCUCAGUGCAUCCACCCUAUCAGGAGGCAUAUGGCACCAAUUUCUCCUGUUAGUGGUGAUGUUAACCUUGACCAUUGGUUAGCUUUGUGUCUGCCAGGUUUGGCCAUUGCAAGGUUAUUGUUUUCUCUUUGAAAAA